AUGGAGCAACCACUUCAUAAGACCCUGAAAGAUUCCCGGGGCGACACUUACACCAAACUGGAGCCACCGGCACUUAAAAACUCCUCUGUGGAUAACAAUGGUCUGUGCUUCAGCAGUCGCAUCGUCCACAGAGAGCUGCUGAUAUGCCUGGGCAAGGUCCAAUUUGGUGAAGAUGGAGCCCUGCCCCAAUGUGGGGAGCAAUUCCUGGACCACAGGGACAAGAGUUAUUGUCGGGGGUACCCAAAAACCUUCUGUCCCCAGGAUUAUAACCCCCAUUGUGGCUCUAAUGGCAGGACUUAUACCAACAAAUGUAAUUUCUGCAAUGCCUACAUAUUUGAUGAGCCCUUUAUCCCCAGGAAAAAAGAGACAAUAAUCCACAGAUAUCUUCAAGGCUGGUUCAGUGACAAAUUAUUCCUGGAGUAUUGUAAGGAGUAUUCUGUACCAUCGGAAUUCUGCACCUUGGAGUAUAACCCCCAUUGUGCUUCUAAUGGCAAAACCUAUGGCAACAAAUGUGGCUUCUGCAAUGGGUAUAUUAAAAGUGGUAGAAAACUUCGGCUGAGAUAUCUUGGAAAAUGUGUAAAAUUUGAAGAUGCAGAAGAUUAA